UGUGGGCGAAUGGGAAAACUCUGACAGUCGGACCACCGUCGCAUGAGGCCUGGCAAUCAAAAACCCGCCUGCGUGCGGUGCGACUCGAGGUUCCAAUAUUGGGUGCCCCGCUCUUUUGAGUUGCUGGAAUGUCAGGUUGACCCAUGCAAGUCGGCAACAGGACUCACCCUUUCGAGCCUCUGGCCAUCCAGCGUCGAGAUCCCCAAAUAGACAUGGGUGCGAAAAGGAAGCCCUUCUUUUUGGGAAGGAGCGCGUCCUGCCACGGUCAGAUUGGGAGCAGGAAAACCCAGGCGAGCCCCGGGAGAGGACGCCUGGCGAGGAAUGGAGGGGACGAUAAAGCGGGCAAAUUGGAUGCACCCACUUCAGUCGAAAGGGUUUCCACUUGUCUGCAACCCAGCCAAUGGCCAGCAACCCUGGGCAGUCGAAUUCCUUGGCUCGAGUUAAAAGGUUUCUGCUCAAGCACUGGAUCGUGGGCUGCGGCGCCCGGCACGAGACUAGCAGAGUUGCGGCUGCAUUGCUGGAGGACCAGAUGCCCGCGAUCGCCUGCAGGCCCUAUCUUCCCAUCUGAUGAUUGCGCACGCCUGUGCCAUCGACCCAAUCUUGGUCGCACAUAACACUCGCUGUACGCCUUCGCAGGAUCGGGGACCCUGGUGGUUGGACGAAGUUGUUGUCAAAGACUGUCCAGAACGGACGUGGUUUGCCCUGUCCCGGGGUUUUUUUUUUUUUUUUUUUUCCAAACUUGACACAUACGUCGGCACAUUCCGGCGA